AUGCAUACGACUGCGGCUCUACAACUUAGUGAGGAUGCUGCGCGUUGCGACGCUCCAGUGCCUGCGUCAGUCAGCGACGUUGCCCGCCUCGACGAUAGACAGCUGUGCGACUGGAUGGCGAAUCAUCGCCAGCUGGAUGGCAGUGUCGAGCUUCAGUUGGAUGGUUGGGACAAAUUGCCAACAGAGGCGAGAAGCCAGCUGGCUAGGCGGUUGACAGCCACCCAUGCAACAAUAGCCACUCCUCCAAGGCAAGAUCUCGGCUUUGAACUCGACCUCGACUACCUUAAUCGUCGCGUCUGCCAGUUGUCGGACAGCCGUGAUGCUCUGUUGCCAACGGUCCUCGAGCGAGCGACAAGAGAACAGACAGCAGACACGAAUAGCCAGACGCAAGCUGGCGAGGACGAUUCGGCGAUUGCAGAGACGGACGCCUAUCAUCGACUUGUCGACGACGGAGGCAGACCGCUUUACUCGAUCGAUUCCCUAGGGCGGGUCCUACAGAAUCCGGACGAGUACCAAGAGAUGCUUCGGCCCUUUUGGAGUCAUCCUCGCAAUACCCAUAGCGCCGACCACGUCUUUCAAAAACAGCGAGAUCGAUGGAGAGACUUUCGUAGCUGGCAGCUGGAUAAUAGAGGUCUUAGUGAUCCCGCCGACGCCUUCGAUGCCCAUGUACGCGAGUACCGGGACAUGUUGAAGAAAUACGGCUUUCUACAAGAAUUGGCCAAGUUGGACUCGGAUCCAUCGUACCUCAAACGGCCCAGAAGUCCUUGGGCGUACCACGAAAAAAGGCGCCACUGGCAGCGCCGCCACCAGAUUGAGCCUGGCUGCAGUGGGUUUGAUGACUACAAGACGGCUUUCGGGGCUCGUCUAUCGCGGCAUGGACAUCUCUUGUCCGACCUGCAGCUCAAGGAGAACCCUAGGCAACAAGACGCGUUGACAACAUGGGCAGAGUACCUCUGCUUCGAGUACUGGUGGCAUGAUUACUACCUCGCGCGCCUGAGGCAUCUGAAGCCGGAAUAUGACAGGGCAUGCGCCAGGCUACACGAUCGGGGCAUACUACAGCCCGGCCAAGACGGAGACCUUGUCGAAACGGAUGCGUACCGCCUGCGCCUGUGCGGAGAGUUGAAAAGCACCUCGGCGGCCCUCACAGCGGCCAGGUCCGAAGUCGAAAGGGCUUGCCAGCCGCGUGGCACGGCGACGAGUGCGCCACAUCAAAUUUGGACGGCUGCGAAAGAGCGACUUGAAGAUGCCGAAUCGGCCAGGAAGCGUGCGGUCCAGCGCGAAACAACUAUUGACGAAUUUCUUCGACAGACUCGUGCCUAUAGAAAAUCGCAGGGCGAUGUUGCAAAACAACCGAUUCUCAUUGAAUGGGUACAGAAUCAGCUGCUUCUGAUCCAGACGGAGAUGAUUUCGGCAACUCGGCAACCGCCACGGCGCAGCAAAAGAAAGCGUCGCCUCGCCGACGACGACCUAGAAAGCCAAACGGCCAACAAAUAUGCGGCUUUGGAAGCAGCGCCUGCUGAGCCGCCGCAUACCAGCACCACGCCAGCUGUGGUGCCACAGCGACGAAUUCUGCGAGCGCGGAACACCAAGCAACUGGCCAAUGACGAGCCUCUAGAUACAGCCAACGACGCGCAGCGACUGCGACGCGUCCUGGCCGGUCCAGCGCAGGGCCUGCGUCGCAGCGCAAGGAUUCAAGCACGCAAAAUUUCCUCAGAUGCUGACGAUGCCACUACACCAUCCAGAAAUAGCGUGCAUCCCGGCCGCAUGCAACGGUGA